AUGCCCCCAACACCCACCCCAAUCCCCCGCUUCGCAACAACCCAACUCCACCUCCUCCACCUCGAACACGCCGCCGAAGUCUCAACCUCAAAACUAGCCAGCACAGCCGCCUCCGUCUCCCCCCAAACCCGUCGCACCCUCCAAGCAACCGGCCACGCCCUAACCGGCCUCAUCCUCAGCCAAUGCCGCACCGGUCUCGGCGGCCGUGUCGUCGGCGAGUUCGCGCCCGAUCCAGCCGUAGCAUCUGACGAGUCCCGCGCGGCAGAUGGGUCGGUGAGAUUAGGUGCGCAUGGGAUUCGGGUCGGGGAUGUGGUUAGGGUUGCUGAUGUUGCGGGGAAGAAGGAGAAGAUAGGGAAGGAUAAAGAGAAGGGUGGGGAGAAAGAGGCGGCGGGACCGGAAGGCGUCGUUACGAGAACUGGGGAGAAGGGUUUGUGGAUUGCGUUUGGUCAGGCUGGGGGUGGGGUCAGGUCUAAGGAGGAUGAUGAGGCUGUUGAGGAGCUUUGGGGGAAGAAGCUUUGGGUUGUUAAGCUUGCUAAUGAUGUUACGCAUCGACGGAUGAAACAGACUAUGGAGAAGAUGGUGAAGAUGGGGGAGACGGAAUAUACGCAUUUCAUGCGUGUUGCGUUUGGACAUACGAGUCCGCUACUGCCGGAUGCCGAAGCGGCAGAACCGGUUGAAUUUGUUGAUCCAAGUCUGAACGAUUCGCAGAAGGAGGCUGUGCGAUUUGCGCUGGCGGCGCAGGAUAUCGCGCUGAUCCAUGGUCCGCCUGGAACGGGCAAGACGCAUACUCUUAUCGAGUUGAUUCUGCAGAUGGUGCUGCGCAAGAAGCGGGUUCUCGUCUGUGGGCCGUCGAAUGUCUCUGUUGAUAACAUUGUUGAACGUCUGGCGCCGACCAAGGUGCCUGUGGUGCGCAUUGGACAUCCGGCUCGCCUCCUUCCCUCUGUUCUGGACCACUCCUUAGAGGUGCUUACGCAGACUUCUGAUGCUGGGGGGAUUGUGAAGGAUAUUCGGAAGGAGAUUGAUGAGAAGCAGGCUAGUAUUCGCAAGACGAGGUCUGGUCGUGAGCGACGGGGGAUUUAUGAUGAUUUGAGAUUGCUGCGGAAGGAGUUCAGAGAACGCGAGUCGAAAUGCGUGGACAAUUUGGUCAGGGAGAGUAGUGUUGUGCUGGCUACUUUGCACGGCGCUGGAGGACAUCAGCUUAAGAAUCAAAAGUUUGAUGUAGUGAUUAUCGAUGAGGCAAGUCAGGCGCUCGAAGCACAAUGUUGGAUUUCUCUUCUCGGGGCGCAGAAAGUGGUUCUCGCGGGUGAUCAUCUGCAAUUACCGCCGACUGUCAAGUCGUCUCAAAGUUCCAAAGAGAAAGCCUCCAAGGCCAAGAGUGAGGAAUCAACUACCAAGCCUGAAGAAGAGUUACUGGAGGGGGUAUCUCUCGAACGCACCCUAUUCGACCGAUUACUGGCACUCCACGGUCCGGGAAUCAAACGCAUGUUGACCACGCAAUAUCGAAUGCACGACAAGAUCAUGCGCUUCCCCUCCGACGAACUCUACCAGAGCAAACUGAUAGCUGCCGAUGCAGUCAAAGCCCGUCUGCUGAUCGACCUACCCUACGAAGUGCAGGGCACCGACGACACGCAGGAACCCCUCGUAUUCUGGGACACGCAAGGCGGCGAUUUCCCCGAAAAGGCGGAGGAGGACGACAUCUCCCAAAAGGGCGCCUUACUCGGCGACAGCAAAAGCAACGAGAUGGAAGCGAUGGUCGUUGCCAGACACGUGAACAACCUGGUCGACGCAGGCGUUCGACCCGAAAACAUUGCCGUCAUCACCCCUUACAACGGACAACUGGCUUUGCUGUCUCGGAUGCUACGAGAGAAAUACCCCGGCCUCGAACUCGGCAGCGUGGACGGAUUUCAAGGGCGCGAGAAAGAGGCUGUGGUGGUGAGUCUAGUGCGCAGCAAUGCGGAGCACGAAGUCGGCUUCCUCGCCGAGAAGCGACGAUUGAAUGUGGCCAUGACACGCCCGAAGCGCCAUCUGUGUAUCUGCGGGGAUUCGGAGACGAUCAGUCGUGGGAGUAGCUUCCUCAAGCAUUGGAUGGAGUUUCUCGAGGAAAAUGCCGACCUGCGAUAUCCUGAUGCUGGAGACCUACUUUGA